AUGAAGAAGAUGGAAGAGACAAUCAGGGCCCUCCAAGCUAGUGAUCCCCGACAUAGCACUAGUUAUCUAGAUUCGACUCUCUUCCCGGGAAUGCAGCUACCGGCGAAAGUCAAGGUACCCGAUUUUCAGAAGUACGAUGGAACUAUAGACCCGCGACACCACCUCCGUCACUACAACGAAAAGAUGCUUCAUUACUGGGACUACGAACAGUUCGUCAUCGCGACUUUCCAGGAGAGCCUGUCAGGACCGGCUCUUAAUUGGUUCAUAUCUCUCCGAGCGGAGGACAUCCCCUCCUGGACCGAACUAGCCAAGAAGUUUGUUGAGCAGUAUCAGUAUAACAUGGAGACGCCCCCGUCCUUCCUCGAGUUGAGCACGAUGGAAAUGGCAGAGGGGCAGAAGUUUGAGGAUUACGCCACGAGUUGGCGUUCGGAAGCAGCAAAACAUUUCCCUCCAAUUUGCGAAGCGCAGCAAAUCCAAAUGUUUCAUGGGACUCUCAAGGGGGCUUACUACUCUCACCUCAUGGGUCACAAGUCUACUUUCUCGGAGAUGAUUAUGGCCGGGAAGCAGGUAGACCUGGGCAUCAAACUCGGAAGGUUAGAGGGCCCGACAAAGAAAGGGGAAGGAGAGUCCUCGAGGAGGACUGCCUCAGCAGCCACCCCCACGGGCUGCAGAAGAAGUAAGGAGGCAUCAGUCAAUGCCGUCAAUGUGGGCCACAACGCGCCGCAACAGUACUCGGUGAGCUUCACGCCCGCAACAUCUACUACCCCGGCGUAUGCUCCACUGCUUUCGCCCUAUCCGUCUCAGCAUCCCGCUCAACCGAUUUAUUAUUCGGCUCCGCCGACAACAUUUCCAUCGGCCCCGCAACAAGUCGUCCAUCAUUAUGCUCCCGCUCCUCUUCAGACCCCGCAGUACAGGCCUCCGGCUUCGAGAACUCCUCAGCCGUCGCAACAGGCCCCAGCCCCACAGGGUCAACAAGGCGGCGCAAUGCAAGCUCGGCAGCGCAUACAAUUCACACCCCUGCCUACCCCGCUCUCCCACAUAUACAGGCAACUAUUAGCCGGCGAAAUGAUCCGACCAACGGUUCCCGGUCCCAGUUUCGUUCCGGCAAACCAAGAUCAGAGUCUACGCUGCGAGUACCAUUCAGGUGCACCCGGGCACACCACCGACAACUGUUGGAAAUUGCGGGAGGACGUUCAGAAGUUGAUCAAUAGUAAAAAGAUCUCGUUCAAUGCCAUUAGGCCCCCGAAUGUGCAAGCUAACCCUCUCCCUGAUCAUGGGUCGAGCUCGGGGCCCACCAUCAAUAUGAUCAGUAUUUGCACUGUGAGAGAGGACGAGAGCCAACAGGAGGGCCCUACUCCAUUUAUAAUUGAGUAUGUCCCCGCGGAAGCCACCGUAGGGUUCACAGGGUCUAGUGCCGCGCCCGCCCCGUUCAUAAUAGAAGUCCCCGCUCGAGAGCCGUACCAGGACAGUAAGGUCCCUUGGACUUACGAAGGAAGUGUCGGGAAUCUUGAGCAGCAGUUCAGUGUCAUGGGCGUGACAUGCUCGGGCCGGGUGUACACGAACCCGGAGAUCGCAGGCAAGGGUAAGGCUCCCGCUGCAUCCAGAACUGCUCCGGAAGCCCCGCCUAUCCCACAGAAGAAGGUGACCGAAAAAGAAGCUGAGGCUUUCAUGAAAGUGAUCAAGGCGAGCGAGUACAAGGUAGUAGAACAAAUGGGUAAGUCUCCAGCUCAUAUUUCACUACUUGCUCUCCUCUUGAGUUCGGAGCCACACCGAGAAGCCCUCCUACGGGUCCUUACUGCAGCACAGGUUCCUAAGGAGAUAGCCCUGGAUCAGAUUGAAGAGACCGUCAGCUCGAUUUUCUCCAAUGCCAUCUCAUUUUCAGAUGACGAGCUCCCCUCCGAAGGGUGGGCACACUCACGGGCGUUGCACAUCGUCUGCAAGUGCAACAAUUUCAUCAUUGGCCGGGUCAUGAUCGACAACGGCUCCGCCCUCAAUGUUUGCCCAGUGUCCACGUUGAAGCAAAUGAAUGUGGACCUCAACCGCGUCCGCCCGAGCAAAACCGCGGUUAGAGCCUUUGACGGCUCGCGGAGGGAAGUGAAUGGGGAGAUUGACCUUUUGAUCGAUGUCGGCCCGUGCUCAUUCAGCGUCACAUUUCAGGUCCUUGACAUCCCGAAUGCUUUUAGCCUGAUCCUCGGGAGACCCUGGAUCCACUCAGCUGGAGCCGUUCCCUCGUUUCUGCACCAAAGGAUCAAGUUCAUCGCGGAUGGUCGGCUCAUUACGGUCAAGGGUGAAGAGGACUACGCCAUCUACAAGGAAACGGUUGUGCCCUAUAUUAGCAUCGGAGACGACGAGAACCUCCCAUUCCAUUCAUUCGAGACCAUCUCCGUCAUUCGGGACUAUGGAGAGGUUCGUCCAUCUCGUGCUGACCGCAUGGUCGGGAAGGUCCUUCUGCGUCACAACUACGUUCCUGGUACCGGGCUUGGAGCACAGGGGCAGGGGAUCAAUUGCCCCAUCGAGAUUGAAGAGUACAAGAACAGAAGGGGACUCGGUUUUCGCCCUUCUUGCCAAGAGAUUAUUGAGGCCCGUAAGGGCAAACACCUCCACCAUCUCGCCGCGUUUUACGGGAAAGUCAACAGGGGCAUCCCAGUUCUCCCACUCUCUCGUUUUUUUCCUGCACCGCCGCACAUCGUCGGAGGUACUCUUGAAGGCCCGUCCUCGAUUUCAGACGUCGAGCUGUCGAUCUGCCAGCCAUAUGCGCCGUCACUGAGGAGACUCCUUUAG